UAGCAUUCCGGCCGGGGAGUUUUGUUGAUUAGCUGCGAAUGUCCUGUCAGUGAAUUUUGUGAGCUUCCCAGUGAUUUUGUGCGUGAAAAUGGCUGAAGGAGGUACGGAGAGCCUCCCAAGUUCGGAGGACAAGGAGAAUAAUGUGGAAAAUGUGCCAAUUGAGAUGGGGCCCAGUGAAAGAGAGCUGAAUAGACUGGAAAAAGCCCAGACUACGGCUCUGUUCAAUGAAAAUGCCACCCGGAACAUGGAGAGGCGCUUGGAGUACCUCAUCAAAGAGUCUCAGCUGUAUGAUCAUUUCAUCACAAACAGCAAGAGACGAGAAGGCAGAGGCUCUCAAAAAAAUAAGAAAUUUGUCAAGGGGAAAGAGGGGAAAGCUCAUAAAGCCGGGGAGAAUAGUCAGGCUAAAGACGUGUUUAAAUUCUAUUCCACUCCGGACUUUAUCCAGAAUGGAGUGAUGCGGGAUUAUCAGAUAGAGGGACUCAAUUGGAUGAUAUCUCUUUAUGAGAAUGGUAUCAGUGGGAUUCUUGCCGAUGAGAUGGGGCUGGGAAAAACCCUGCAGACAAUUUCAUUCCUGGGUUACCUUAAGCAUACCAAGGAGCUGUCCUCGAAGCUGAAGUAUCUUGUAGUUGUCCCCAAGUCGACCAUGCAGAACUGGCUGAAUGAGUUUAAACGCUGGUGCCCGACUAUUAAAGUCUUGGCUCUUCAGGGGGAGAAAUAUGCCCGAAAGAGGCUGAUCAAGACGGUCCUCAAGAGAAAGCAGUGGGAUGUCCUUUUGACAUCUUAUCAGAUGGUUUUCAUAGAGUUUAAUGCCUUACUGAAAACCAAGUAUCACACAAUUAUCCUGGAUGAGGGUCAUUCGAUUAAAAAUGAGCAAAGUCUGACAGCCCGGCAGAUCAGGAAGGUCAAAACGAAUCAUAAGAUGAUCCUCACAGGAACUCCCAUUCACAACAAAGUCCACGAAUUUUGGGCCUUGAUGAACUUCCUCAUGCCGGACAUCUUCAACAGUGGAGAGGACUUUGACAGAUGGUUCGAAGACAUGGAAGUCCUCAACAAUGCUGAACUGACGGAUCGUCUAAAGGCCAUAAUAAAGCCCUUCCUGCUGCGCAGAAUAAAAUCGGAUGUGGAGAAGCAGCUGCUGCCGAAGCAGGAGCUCAAAGUUUAUGUAGGCAUGACGGAUAUGCAGGAGGAGUGGUACAGAAAGGUCCUCCUAAAGGAUGUCGAAUUAAUAAAUGAACAAGGCUACAAGUACAAGAUGAAAAUCGAUUGCCUUAUCAUGCAUCUCCGGAAAGUCACAAAUCAUCCCUAUCUCUUCGAAGGAGCCGAAGAGGGACCACCAUUCAUCGAGGGGGAUCACGUGAUUGAGAAUAGCGCGAAAAUGGUUGUCCUGGACAAACUUCUGUCUAAAUUUAAGGCUGAAGGAUCAAGAGUUCUGAUCUUCAGUCAAAUGACUCGAAUGCUAGACAUUAUCGAGGAUUACUGUCAAUACCGGAAAUAUUCCUAUUCCCGCCUGGAUGGUUCUUUGUUGGGGGAUGAUCGAACGAAGCAAAUUGAUGAUUUCUCGAAGAGUGGCAGCGAUAAAUUUAUCUUCCUCCUGUCCACCAGAGCUGGAGGCCUGGGAAUCAAUCUGGCCUCAGCAGACAUCGUCAUCCUCUACGACAGUGACUGGAAUCCGCAGAUGGAUCUCCAAGCGAUGGACAGAGCUCACAGGAUUGGCCAGACCAAACAGGUAAAAGUGUUCCGGCUGAUAGUGGAGAAGUCCGUGGAUGAGAGAAUUGUAGAAUGUGCCGAGAUGAAAUUUGCCCUGGACCAGAAAUUGAUCAAAGGAAAUCAUGGUGCAAGGUCAAAUAUGCUAAAAAGAAUCGUCACCAUGGAUAUGGAACAACACAUUCAAGGGAAGGCUGUGAAACUGGUGGAUGAGGAUCUGGACACUCUCCUGACGCGCUGUCAAGAAAGGCAGAAGAAGGAGGAUGCAGAAAAAGCAGAUGUGAUGGUUCUAAAGCACAAAUACGAGAGUCUCUACAAGUUCGACGGAGAGGAUUACAAGGAGAAGCAGGAACAAAUGCGUCAGAAAGUUCAGAACCAGACUGAAGAUAUUCCUCGCUGGACCAGACGGGCUCGAGCUGCUGGUCCUGCUUCUGGUCCAUCUCUGGACGACCAACCAUUCUAUCUUCAGAAGUACUACGCCUUCUGGUUCUUUUCCAAGCCUCUCUUCGCAUUCAUUCAGAAAGAGAAGCUAUUCUACAUGAAAAUUAAGGGCAUUCAGGGACGCAAUGCGAAUGAGAGAACAGCGAUUGAAUCGGCAAAGUGUUUGACUCAUACAGAGCGUCUGGAGUACGAGAAACUCCUAAGGUCUUCUUUUAAGGAUUGGACCGUAACUCACUUUGAAAAAUUCAUAAAAGCUUCAGCUAAAUUUGGGAGGAACGAAAUUGAUAAGAUCCGUGAUUAUAUGAGAGUACAAGUCCUCAACAAUCAAUUGGAGGAUUAUGCUAAGGUAUUCUGGGAGAGGUACAAGGAGAUACCGAACUACCAGAAAUACAUUAAGAUCGUUGAAGACGGUGAGGCUCGACUCAAUGGGACUCAGCCGAUAAAGAGGACUGUGGAGAUCUCGUCUGAUGAUGAUGAUGUCGUACUGGUAAGUCCUCCGCCCGCAAAAAUUCAACGAACUGAUGCGAUUGAGACAAUUGAUCUUACUUAAAAUUCAGCAAUAUCCAAAAUUAUUGCAAUUAUUCAUUUAUAAAUUUUAUUUUCAUGAAUUCAAAAAUUUGUCACUAUCUCAUCACUUUGUGUUCUCAUUCUCAAAAAAUUUCACUUAAAGCUAUUCCAUUUUUUUUGUAUUCUAUAAAUUAAAUUAAAAAUUACAAAAAAA